AUGGGUGCCUCAUACGCAUACCACAAGUCAUUGGCAUCAUUUCUCCGACUCCUCGUGAAACCAAGACUACACUUGAACCCCAAACCCGACGAGGUAGCAUUUGUCCCAUCGCGAGACAACGGCCGAAAAAUCAAGACCCAUAUAUACAAACCUAGCACGACCGGGCCCAGCCCCGUCGUAAUCAACUUCUGCGGCAGCGGCUUCGUCUUGAGCACCUUUGGCAACGACGACGAGUACUGUCGCUACAUCGCCGACAAAGCAGCCUACACCGUCAUCGACGUGCAGUACCGCCUAGCCCCAGAACACCCUUUCCCGGCAGCCUUCUACGAUGCCGAAGACGUAGUAACCUGGGUGCGGUCGCAACCAGAGCGCUUCGACAUGUCGCUCGUUUCGCUGUCUGGAUUCAGCGCAGGCGCCAACAUCGCACUGGGCAUAUCAUCCUCAUCAGAGCUCUUCCCCGCGGGAGAGAAGAACGUCUUCGAUGCCGUGAUCUCCUUCUACGGACCAAUGGACAUGUCCAUCCCAACGCCCGAGAAGCCCCAAGCCGACCGCUCGAACUGGAUCAUGCGCGACAUCUUCCCGGCCUUUUCUCAUUUGUGUCACAAGUGUCUCGGUCUGGGAGGAGCCGACCCAAAGGAUCCGCGCAUGUCGCCUAUUCUGGCUGACCCGAAGAACUUCCCGGACAAUGUCCUGAUCGUGACUGCUGCGCAGGAUCCAUUUGCGAUCGAGGCGGAGAAGUUGUCCGAGACGCUGAAUAACACCGAAGGGAAGAGUUCGGUCUGUCAUCGGAUGGAAAACUGUGCGCAUGGAUGGGAUAAGGAGGCGAUUCAGGGGACGUCGCAGUGUGAAGCGAAGAUCGAGGCCUAUGAUCUAGCUGUGGAGAUGUUGAAGCGGAGGAGUGCGGUGCAGAACACUGGGAUAAUUGUUUAG